ACACAAUUUAAAUUUAAUUAGGUAUUAAAUACAUUUUAAUGUGCAAUAUUAAGGAAUACACAGUAUGAUUAUAUGCUUUAAAAUGUAUUGAAGUAAAAUUCUCAAGACAAACACCCUAAUAAAGCACAGAUGCUUGGAAAAACUAGUAUUGUCCACCGCUGCUAUCAAGUCCAACUAAAUUUAAUUUAAGCUGAUAAUAGUCAGUUUUACUGGCAUUUUCGCAACAGUCCCUAUGAAAACCAGCCAUUUUGUUGCACGUUUUGCCACUCAACCGGGUGAGCUCUCACGUGGUCACGUGGAAAAGUGACGUCAAUGCAUACCCUCUAUAUAAGAUGUGGAUUUAUAUAUCAAUAUUUAGCUAUUUGUAGGACAUUAUUUAAACGUUAUUUAACUAUGGUUAUUAUUUAAAAGAGUUUUGGAAUUUAAAUAAGGUUUAUUUUUUAUGUAUGUAGUAUGUAUUUUUUUUUUUACAAAUUAAUCCACUAUUUAUAUAUUUUCAAUAACAACUUUUUGUAUUUGAUAUUUUUUGAAAGGAAAUGUAAGACAGGGUAAAGUAAAACCCAGUUUAAGUAGCUUUUAUGUCAAGAAUUAGUGCGCACUUUGGGUGUGGCUAAAAGGAACUAUUGCAGGUGCGUGCGCCCUACCCUACAACGAGAAGAGGAUGCAGACGUGUUAACUAUUAUAAAAAUCGCUUUAUUUACUAGACCGUUUGCUAUUAUUUUAAAACGCUUCUUAACAAGCAAAGCUAAUCUGCAUAAGACGGAGUGAGUUUUUCAGAUUUAUUUCUGCAUAGGCUACUAUUGAUUUAAACAGCGCAAAUACCACAACACAGCAAGUGCCGGUUAUUGUCAGAUAGGCUACGCUUGAUACAUCAAUAGAUCGUAUAGUUAUAUAUUUUUUUAUUUGUAACGUUUAUAAAAGUUUUAUUCAAUGGAUCGUUUCAAGUUGGUUUUGCAAUAUUUUCAGUCAAAUUCUGAAUCCAUCUCCAAUGGUAUCUGUAUUAUACUGUCCUUAAUCAGCGUCAAGCUGUAUACAAGUUUUGAUUUCAACUGUCCAUGUUUACCUCAAUACAACAAGAUGUACGCACUUGGGGUCAUGUUUGUCCCUCCUGUCAUAUUGUUCUUUUUGGGAAUAUUAGUUAAUCGUCAUACAGGUGUGUCUAUGGAAGAAUGGGUCAGACCCAUUGGAAGGAGGACGAAAAAUCCAGCAGUGGUUAAAUUUCUUCUCUCAGCAGUUAUUCAGCGUUCCCUUCUGGCCCCCAUGGUCUGGAUUCUAAUGACGCUCCUAGAUGGAAAAUGUUUAAUCUGUGCGUUCAGUAUGAAUGUAAACCCCAAAUAUUUCACAGGCAUACCCAACAGCACCAGCCUGGAACUGAUGAAGAUCUUGGCUAAAGUUUCCUGCAAAGAAGAUGUUGUCUUCAAAAACAGUAGUUAUCGCAAAGCUGUAUCACGCUAUGUGCGUUGUUACUCCCAGGCAAUAGGCUGGUCCAUCCUCCUCAUCUUCAUCUUUUUGGGCGCCGUGGCUCGCAUCAUGAAGCCUUGCUUCAACUACCCCACAUUUCUGCAGACCCGCUACUGGAGCAAUUACCUGGACGUUGAGCAGAAACUUUUCGAUGAGACCUGCGUGCUACAUGCCCGAGAUUUUGCCAGAAAAUGUGUAAUGCAGUACUUUGAAAGCAUGCGUGAGGAUGAAUCUCUGAGGCUUCCUCUCACAUAUGCCAUCAGACCCGGCCAAUUCCAAAACGUCAUGGAGGAAGAAGACGACCGUCUGCAUGGCAUAACAAGACAGGAUCAAGUAGAUCAAUUGCUGGAAAAUUGGUUCGAGUGCAAACCGGAGCUGGAUGUGACCAGAAUGGCUUAUAAACCAAGAGUGUGUAUCACCUGGGAAGACAACGAGGGAAAGGCUCUAUUCUCCGAUGUGUAAAACACAGAUCAUACUUAGAUUCAUGCUACUAACUGAUAUGUUCAUAUAAUGUUUAAAAGAGAUACCCAUAGCAUUGUUGAACCCCUAGCAUUGUGUUGUUCUGAAAAGAUUUUUGACAAUUCAGGAGCUUUUGCAUUGACCAACUUCAAUAGUCUGCAUACCAGUGCAUUUGACUAUGCUGGGAUUUAGCUUUGUGUAAUUUUGCAUGUGUCCCUGCACACACAUUACGUAACAACCUCAUGGAUAUGGCUUUGAUGCAAAUGACUGCAGAACCUAGGCAACAUCUUAAAAAAUAAAAUGUAGAACAUUAAUAUAAAAAAUAA